AUGGAGGUUGAAUCACUAGGUGGAAGCAGAUAUUUUCUGACUUUCAUUGAUGAUGCUUCUCGAAAGGUGUGGGUAUAUAUCCUGAAUACGAAGGACCAGGUGUUUGAGUACUUCAAGUCAUUUCACGUCAUAGUGGAACGUGAAACAGGAAAGAAACUGAAAUGUCUCCGAUCUGAUAAUGGAGGCGAGUAUACUUCCAAGGAGUUCGAUGCAUAUUGCAGGACAUAUGGCAUUCGACAUGAGAAGCCGUCUUCCGCACGCCAUCGCUGCGACUGCCGAAGGGCGUCCCUGCAACGCCGCGAUCAGCCAAAUAACAGAUUUCUUCUGCCGGUGAACAGCCACGCCCCGGAACGCCAUCGCGAGCAACCCGCCAAAGUUAGCCCGGUCGCGACCUCUAUUAUAGCCGACGUCAAUUCACGAGCAUACCAGAGAACAUCAAUUUUUGGUGAGGCAAACCAUCAGUUUCCGGCUAGCCGGAACCAAGGAGAUGGCGCUGUACUGAGAAUAGCUGGGAGAACCAACCUCCGUCCGGCGAGCAGCAACCUUUCACGGCAAACCAAGGACCCCCGGUCGGACAGAGGAGCAGUGCUGGAGAGCCACCAGUUGCCGGCGAGUCAGACUCGAGCGCCACGGGACAGAGGAGCGGUGGAGAGUAGCAGUCCCAGCGGAGCUUAG